GCGCCUUGCUUACGUGAUUUCCUCCUACCAAACAACGGCAACAGCUUUAAGUUGAGUUUUUCUUUUGUUUUCUGCUGUUUUCUUGGCUGUGCACGCGUUGCGCAACUUCGUUGUUAGUGAAACUCCCUCAGCUGUCCAAAGUACUGCGUAGAAAAUAUCGGCUUCUUCCUUUCACAUUUGCAAGACACAUUCGCACGUUUUAUUGUUGCGGCGAAAGAGGGGGAAAAGCGGGAGGGAAAUAGCGUACAGAGACGAGGACCAACAUAACACACACUAUUCUUUCAUCUCAACGACUGACGCUUAUUAUUAUUACAAUUGUGGUUGUUAUUAGCAGCUGUUUCCCUUCAGCGAGAUUGUUCACAGGUUCUCUUUUUUUCUCUAUAAGUUCAUACGAAUUUACACUCUUCCGUUUCUCCGUUUUUUUCUUCCAUUAUUACGAUUCCAACACUUCGUUUUAGCUGUUCAAAUUGUUGUUUGGUUGUUUUGUUGUUUGUUCUUUUGGUGGCUACUCACUAGUGGAAUAAAACAGACGCACUCACUCACACGCAAACACAAGCACUUCAACCUGUAAGUCUACACAACUGGGGAUUUCCCCCUCUCUACGUAAGAAAGGGUAAGCGACGAUUACAUUUGAGGACUGCAACUUGUCCUGAAAUAUUUUUCUUCUCUUUUCCUUGAUUUUGUUUUUCUCUCUCUGAAGCGUAGGUACUAUAUUCUUCUCUUUAUUAUUAUUAUUGCUUUGACAUCUUUUCGAUUGCAAUUUAUAUAUUUUCUAGUUAUUGAUUUCGAGUACUGAAUGACGACGAUGUCGACCCCUCGGCAAAAGCCUACCGUCGAGUUCACCUACGGGCAGUUGACCCAAGAGGUGCUGGAGGCCAUGAUCGUGGACCCUGCAGGGGUCACCGCUGUUGAUUUGUCAGGCAACAACAUCUCAUCCGAUGAGUGCAUAGAGCUGGUGAGGCGGUACAUAUCCAAGAUGAUCAACCUCGACUCGCUUGACCUCAAAGACAACAAGAUCGGCCCGCAAGGCGCGAUGUACCUCUUCGACGCGCUGCGCGAGAACUGCCCCAACCUGACCUUCUUAGAUGUGAACGAGAACGCGAUCCAGGACGAGGCCCUCUACCCUCUCGCGCUCCUCCUGCAGUCGGCGAAGCUGCGCACGCUGAAUGUCGUCACAAACCACAUCACUCCGCGUGGGUUGCCGACGCUGUGCGACGGCGUCGUGGCCUGCCCAACGCUGACGGAACUCUCCCUUGCGUUCAACCUGCUAGGGGAUGAGGGCGGCAUUCUGGUGGCGCAGAUGCUGAGCAACCACCCCAGUCUCACGGCUCUCGACCUCAGCGACAACCGCAUCGGCGAUGGGGCGGCGGUCGCGAUCGCUGACGCGUUCAUUCUCUCCUACUCCUCCCGUCUAGCGUCGCUGAACCUCUCCGUGAACCACAUGGGCGACCUCGGCUUCCAGGCCCUGGCGGAGGCGCUCACCAAGACGAACAAUAGGCACUUUAGCACCUUGGACUUGGCAUGUAAUGAUGCCGUAACAGACGUUGGUCGGGCCGCCAUCGUGAAGGCUCUCCCACACAUGCGCCACGUCUACUCGAUCGACUUGACGUCGUGUGACCUGUCUGACGAGAACGCCAAAGACAUAACGGCGGCGAUUCACAGCAGCCGCACCAGUGUUGGGGUGAUUGAGUGGUACAACAACCCACGUAUCCAGCUCGCCACGGAGAAGGCACUCUACGAAGCCAUCGAAGCGAAGGCGGCCGCGGCGCACGCACGACACCCGCUGAACAGCGACGGGUCACUCUUUCUGUGUGCGGGCGUGGCCGUGACGGCGGCGAUGGUGGUGGCCUCCAUUCUGCUGCGACGUCAACAGAAAGCGUGA